CGACAUCAACUUCUAAAAGAGUGUUCGCACAAGAGUUACUGCUACUCGUCUGAGCACUAGUGCGAAAAGAUGUUGACAUGUCAUUUGCAAGUUUUUCAUAGUGGCAACUACAUGGGUGUCAAACCUGCCGCGGUGCCCCUUGUUUACACACUCACACACGCGCACCGCCGCACACACCGCCGCUCCCGUCGAGCCGCUUAUUUAGGUAUAUUGUUGUUUAUUUUAUUCGGCGCUAUGCUCCGACAUGCUACGAGCCUUUCGACUCAGUUUUAACGCGCACGUUUUAUGAAACGACAACUAUGCGUCGAUGUGCGCUCGCCACGAAUAAUUAUUAAUAUCGGCACGACUGAAAUAACGACGCGGUAAACAAAUUCGCGAUUUUUAUUGGUUAACACUUUGUUGAAUAGAACGUGAGGUUUUAUUUAUGUUUUUUUUAUAACCUAUUCGCAUUGUCGCUGGCCGGUGCCGGUUGUCUCCGCGAAUUUUAAUAGCCGCUAAUCAUAGUUUAUUUUUGCGCGCAACGUGUGUUUAAUAAAUGUGCUCGGACUAUUUUUUGGACGUUUUUCGGUUUGUUGCAAUACGGAAGUGAUUAUAAAAAUUAUAAAUUAGUUGUCAUAAAUUCGCGAAACAAAAAAGUCAUUUUUAUGAGAACCGGUUCUAUUUUGGAACAAUAGCUCGAGCGGCGCGAGUUUUCAAACUUUUAUAUUUCGAAUGUCAGUUUUGGCGGGAAGGCAAGUAGGUUGUACAGAAAGUUUGGAAAAGUGUUGAGCACACAUCGGAUGCUCGCUAGUGUUUUUUCAACGCGUUUUCGAGGCUAAGCGCUAGUUGUUUGAACAAGUGUGUUUUCUAAUGGAUUUAUUUUGAGAUUGUAUUCAAAACAUUCGCCGGGCUCCGGCGCUGGCGCAUUCGGAGCACGAGUGCAGCCCGGUGUGCCACAAGGCGGUGUGCUGGGGCCGGUAUUAUAUGUGAAGUGCUGGACUGAUUGUGCUGGAUGUGUCUCCAGAAGGAUGACAGUGGUGACAUAGAUGCCGAUGUGACGAGACCAAUGGUGCAGCUACCUCUACUGGUGGGUCCCGAGCCGGCACUGAACUCGACCCCGGGCGCCGCGAAGCCGCCGCUACUAAACGCUUUCGAGCUGGACCGCUGUUUGGACAGAGAGGAGUCUGGCAGGUGGGGCGGCGAAGCGGCGCGGCGGCGUCGGCGCAGCUCGCCCCCGCGCCGCGCCUCGCCCCCCAGAGACCAUGAGCCUCUCGCUCUUGCACGGGCAUCAGCCCCAGCCUCCCCAACAGCUGGUUCAGCACACUCUUCACCAGCACCUGUAUCUCCAGCCGGCAGUACUGCUGGUGCCCGCUCUCCACUCCCGCUGGUCGCACCAGACCUGCUGGCCAUGCAAUUGCUCGACCAGCACUCGCAGCUACAGGCGCUGAUGAAGCAGCGGCUGUUCCAUCAGCAUCAUAUGCAGAAACAGCACUUAUCCUCAGAGGCUGCUAAGCGUCAGCUGGAACAGUCUCGGCUGCAGGACCAGAUCAACCUGAACCUGCUGUCGCAGUCGCAUCUGCCGCCUCCUGACGCUUCCCCGGGUUCCCUUCAGCAGCAGCUCGGCGCGCAGCAGCAACAGCUGGUGCAGCAGUUGCAGGCCGUGCAGCGCCAGUACCUCAUGCACGGGCCUCUGUCUGUGCCGCCGAAUGCUCCGCCAGGUCUCAUGCUGUGGGGGAGCGAGAUGGAAGAGCACCCGCUGUUCGGGCGCGGAGUGUGCAAGUGGCCCGGCUGUGACGCGCUCGCUGAUGAUUACCAGGCGUUCCUCAAACACCUGGAAGCAGCCCACACCCUCGACGACAGAUCAGCUGCGCAGGCGCGCGUGCAGAUGCAGGUGGUCGCGCAGCUGGAGCUGCAACUGCGUCGCGAACGGGACCGCCUGGCGGCCAUGAUGCGGCACCUGCAUGCCGCUAGGGACUCGAGCCAUCACCAGCCGAAACACCCACAUGGAGCGCCCAAUGAAGGCACAUCACCCGGACCGGUCCGUCGCCGAGUCUCCGAUAAAUCUGGUGUGGCUAUUGCUGGUGGUCUUCCGUAUAUGCUCGAAAGAGCGGGAUUAGAUGUGCAACAAGAAAUUCAGCGCAACCGCGAAUUUUAUAAAAGUGCAGACGUUCGACCUCCGUUCACAUAUGCUUCGCUCAUCCGACAGGCCAUCAUAGAGUCUCCAGAUAAGCAGCUGACCCUCAAUGAGAUCUACAAUUGGUUCCAGUCAACAUUCUGCUACUUCCGACGCAAUGCUGCCACGUGGAAGAACGCCGUGCGUCACAACCUGUCGCUGCACAAGUGCUUCAUGCGCGUCGAGAACGUGAAGGGCGCGGUGUGGACGGUGGACGAGGUGGAGUUCUACAAGCGCCGGCCGCAGCGCGCUGCGCACGCGCCGCCGCCCAUCCACCAGGGGUUCAUGGGUGCACAGAGUCCUCCGAUGAUGACCAGCCCUCAUGGCUACAGUGAAGCUCUCAAAAGGAACCUUCAGGGUAUGAUGGAAGAAUGCAACCUGUCAUACAUGUCGAGCGAGGAUCACAUGAUGCAAGGGGCUGAAGAAUAUCCCUCCUCCCAUGAUGAGUACAGCCGGCCGUCCAUGCUGAACGGCUACGGAAGCAGCAGUUCGCACGAUGUGAAGGCCGAAGACCUGAGCGGGACCGACCAGGACAUCAAACCCAACAUAUACGCGCUCAAGAAUGAGCUGCAGGCUUCCGACUAUUCUAACAAAGACUACACAAACUCCACAAAGGAAUCCUCAAGCAACCGCUCCGGCGAGACCAGCCCCUACGACGACUACCCGCGCCCCGAGGACCGGUACCGGCCCUCGGCCUCCCACAUAAAGGACGAGGCCGAAAAUCUCUCACUUAACGAACAGAGAUCUGACAAGUAAAAGAAAAGGUUGACAAGUAGUAGUGACUGGACAAUUUUGGUAUCGGCUUUCGGCCUUACACGCAAAAGGUCGAGGCCUAAAACCUCAGAGAAAUAAAAGUGAAGGUUGACAAGAACUAGUGAUGGACAAUUCUGGUUGCCGGCUGUUCUUGAAGCAAUAAUUAGGAUGCCGGCUAGUGUUUAGAAUUAUUAUCACAGUAUGUAAUACUUUAUACUUACGGGUGUAGUUCUAUUUCAAGUUAAUAGCGGUCGAGUGUAUGUGUUCAUUGUUGGAUUUUUAUAUUUAAAGAUCUCGGGAGGUUUUAUAAGUUAGAAAGUAACCAAAUAUUUUUUUGUUUUAUUUUUAAACCGACCCGGUUUUAACGGGCUUUGAAGUAUUAUAGUUUAUAUUUUUUUCACCACUAUGUUUUUACGUUUUUUAAGUUUCUAGGUAAGUUAAUUGAGAAAUUUGGUCCUCUAUUUAUAGGAUAAGUGUUAGGAAAUUUUAGACGAAACGAAUUGCGCUAAAUAAUCAAAAAGUCAACGAUAAAAUAACCUUAAAAGGUCCAUAUCAAUAUUUAAAAAUAUUUAAUCAUUAUUUGUAAUAUACAAAUAAUACGAACAAUAAGUAGGUGUAUUGGACUGUUUAGGAAAACGUAAUGGUACAUAAAGUUUUAAUAUUAACGCUUAGCGUUUUGGUUCAUUAUAAAAGCUUCUUUGCAAUUUCCUU